AUGGCUGCUACAGAGUCUGCGCCUUCGCGCACAGGGAGACUUUCAACACUUCUCGAGAGCCUCACAUCAUGUCUUACAAGCGCUGCGUCUUCCCUCCCAUCGUCCCACAAGGAUGAGUCCUCCAACGUUUCUAUUGAGCCUCCGAAAGAUGGUAUCUCUCUCCUCGAUACGAAAAGCGAAAUCCUCCUGUCAUACCUUCAGAACCUUGUUUUCUUGAUUAUCUUUCAACUGCGACAAGCAUCUUCCACGAAGGGCUCCACCGAAUCCGAAGAGCCUGCAGAAGACUCACUCCGAGACGAGGUUUCACGAAAGCUGGUCGAGCUGCGCGUAUUCCUUGACCGCGGUGUGCGUCCACUUGAAGGGCGACUAAAGUACCAGAUUGACAAGGUUAUCAAGGCGGCCGAGGAGGCAGAGCGGUCAGAGCGCCCCGCUCCAUCGAAGAAAUCUAAGGGUGAAGACGAGAGCGGUAGCGAGGAGGAGGAUGAGGACGAUAUGGAUGAAAUGGCUUAUCGCCCCAAUGUCGCAGCCUUCUCCAAGGCAAAGGUGGAGGAUCAGAAAUCCGAAGUCAACGCCAAGCGAAACAACCGGGAAGCGCCGAGCGACGGCAUUUACCGACCACCUAAGAUCAUGCCUACCGCCCUUCCUACCCUCGAUAAGCGAGAGCGUGAAGAUCGUCGACCACGUCGGUCUAAUGUUAUCGACGAGUUCGUUAGUGCUGAGAUGUCAUCUGCACCUAUGGCCGAGCCUAGUAUCGGUAGUACCAUUGUCGCCGGUGGUCGCGAGACCAAGUCCAAGAAGGACCGGGAGUGGGAAGCCGAUCGAAACCGUUACGAAGAAUCCAACUUUGUCCGUUUACCGAAAGAGACCAAGAAGGAAAUGGCCAAGCGACGUGGACGCGAUCGCCAAACAUAUGGUGGUGACGAGUGGAAAGGUCUUACAGAAGGAGCCGAUCGCAUUGAGCGUCUCACCCGCAAGGGCAAGAGUGGAGGUGCUGCGUUGGACAAGAGCCGGAAGCGCAAGAACGAGGAUGGACAGCGCGGCGAUGGUGUUGGAGUUGGUGAGAUCUUUGAUAAGCGUCGGAAGAAGGUCGAUAGCUGGAAGCGGUAG